GUUUACUUUCUUAUAUCUAUAUCGAAUUUACCGCGUUGAUAAGGCCGAUAAAUUAGGAAUUAUUUUAAAAUGACAGAUAUAAAGAAUAUGGUGAUCAAUACAGAUUAGUGAUAAAUGAAAUUAUAUGAAAUGAAAUAAUAUAAUUAUAUUAGUGAUAAAUAAAAUAAUCAAUUUGGAUAUAAUUUGUGUGCAACAAACAUUGAAUGUAGUUUCUUUGUUUAUUACAGAGAAAACUGUUUCAUGUUUAUUCGUUAUUUUAUUUACCAAAUUGAUAACAUUAUAAAACUACAUUCUCGUUUAUGAGAAAAUGGAAAAAUUACAAUUUGAAUUCAAAGUAGUUGCGGCUGAAGGUGGAAAGUCAAACGUGUUGGCCAUAACCUCAAUUAGCACUCAAGAUAACAAGAAAUACUACAUACCUGAGGAAGAAUCAGAUGUUUAUAAGCAUGAAUUGCUUGUAGCAACAUCAAAUUUUGUUAAAAUAAAAAAAAGUUUGAAGAAAAGACAUCAAACACGAAAUAUAUGGAUUACGUUAACAAAAGAAAUGAAAGAUCAGUAUUUUGAUGAAGACGGAAAUUUACAAUUCAAUGAUCAGUAUCUAGAAGAGGUAAAUACAUUAAAUGAAAAUCCAAUGGUUCAAAAUGAUUCAUUAUCUGCAUUAUUAGAAAAAAUUUUUGAAAAUACACAAAAAUCCGAAGAAAAAAAAGUGUCGUCAAUAAUUAAAGAAUUUACUGUAGAAAAAUUCAAUAGUAAAACUACCAACGCUAAUCAGUGGAUAAAUGAGUUUGAGAAAGAAUGUGCAAAAUUCGAAAUUGAACAGGAUCGGAAAAAAAUUGACGCAUUAAAAUUUUUCCUCGACAAACCAUACUUAAAUUGGUAUAGCAAUACGAUGUUAAAAUUACCCACAGAUGCAGAAUGGAAUGACUGGAAAAAGAAUUUUUGUGAAACAUUUGCCAACAAGGGCUGGUCCCCAAUAAGAUUUGCUUUCCACUAUAAAUAUCAAAUAGGAAAUUUGGUGGAUUACGCAAUAAAAAAAGAAAAAUUAUUAUUAGAAGUUAGAAAAGAUAUUGACAUAGGUACAUUAAUUGAUUUAAUAGCCAUUGGCUUACCUAAUUUCAUUGCUGACAAAAUUGAUAGAGAAACUAUUGAAUCUACCGAAGAAUUGUGCAACGAAUUAGGAAAAUUAGAACACUGUGUUUUGAAGAAAACUACAAAUAAAAUACCAAGCACGUAUGAUAAUCAAAAAAAAGUACCGUGCAAAAUAUGCAAAGAUAAUGGAAAGGGGAAUAGAUUCCAUCCAGAAAAUAAAUGUUGGUUCAAUAGAGAUGAACACAAAUUGGAAAACACAUCUUUACUAGACGUGGUUGAAUUUCAAGAAAAAAAAAACUAAUCAGCACACCAUUAAUCUCAAUUAAAAUUAAAUUAAAUAAUACACUGGAAGUUCAGGCAAUUUAUGAUACAGGUUCCACUGUAUCAUUAAUAAACAUAAAAUUACUUAAUCUACAAAUGAUUAAAUCCAGUGUAAAAGACAACGUAUUCUUAAAAUCGAUUAAUGGUGUGAAAGCAACAAGAGGUAUUAUAAAAAUAAAGGUCAAAAUCAUAAAUAUUGAAGAAGAAGUUAUGGUAUGUGUUAUUGAUAAUAAUGAUUUCAAUCAUGAUUUCUUGAUUGGUCUAGACCUUAUAAAAAAAUUUAAUUUAUGUCAAAAUGACAAACUUAAAAUUGAGCAAAAUAGCUCAAAUAAACCUUAUACAAAAACAGAGCCUACAAUUCCCACUACAGAGGGUAAGGGCAAAAUUAGAAAUAAACCUAUACAAUCUAUAGA